GCGUCUGUCCUCGUUAAUUACAGAGAAACAAUUCCUAACCCAGAGCUCUGCCUGGGAUUUACUGGCCUGCAGCAGUCAGGGAGUCCCGUUUUUCUCUCUCUGCUGAAUUCAGGGGUCUCACCUGCCUCUCUGAAGCAUGGACAUGAUGGACGGCUGCCAGUUCUCACCUUCUGAGUACUUCUACGAGAGCUCCUGCAUCCCCUCCCCUGAGGGUGAGUUUGGGGACCAGUUUGAGCCUAGAGUGGCUGCCUUCGGAGGGCACAAGGUUGAGCUGCAGGGUUCGGAUGAUGACGAGCACGUGAGGGCACCUACUGGCCACCACCAGGCUGGCCACUGCCUCAUGUGGGCCUGCAAAGCCUGCAAGAGGAAGUCCACCACAAUGGACCGACGCAAGGCUGCCACUAUGCGCGAGCGUAGACGCCUGAAGAAGGUCAACCAAGCUUUCGAGACGCUCAAGAGGUGCACCACGAGCAACCCCAACCAGAGGCUCCCCAAAGUGGAGAUCCUUAGGAAUGCCAUCCGUUACAUCGAGAGCCUGCAGGAGCUGUUGAGGGAACAGGUGGAGAACUAUUACAGCCUGCCCGGACAGAGCUGCUCGGAGCCCACCAGCCCCACCUCCAACUGCUCUGAUGGCAUGCCUGAAUGUAACAGUCCUGUCUGGUCCCGAAAGAACAGUAGCUUUGACAGCGUCUACUGUCCUGAAGUGUCAAACGCCUGUGCUGCAGAUAAAAGCUCCUUAUCCAGCUUGGAUUGUUUGUCCAGCAUAGUGGAUCGGAUCACGUCUGCGGAGAGAACCGAGCUGUCUCUCCAGGACACAGCUUCUCUCUCUCCAGCUGCCAGCAGCAAUUCACAGCCUGCAACUCCAGGAGCCUCCAGUUCCAGACUUAUCUAUCAUGUAUUAUGAACUAUCACACGGGAGGAACGAUGCCCCACGUGUCCAAAGGGAAGACAAAUUGUGGAGAAUAUGUGCUUUUCAGUUGUAAAUAUUAUCUUGCCACUUUAUAGGAAAAUGUAUUUAACUGAAAGUCACAUCAGCAAUGAUGACUUCUUUGCCUUUUCUUUGUCCUUGUCUUCAUUUUUCGCUUCUUUUUGUUUUAGAUUCAUGGUUCCAAAAAUAUUUUUUCUGAUGGUGGCAAUUGAUUGACAGUUGCUUAUAGUAAUUUUUAACUUAUACAUAUAUAAUGUAAAUAUUGCUUAUCAAAAUGACUUUCGUAUUUAGAUAUCUAUUUUUGUCUUCAAAAGCAUUU